AUGAUAUCAACAAAAAUCUUUAGUGUGCUUUUUAUUUCAGCAAGCUUGUUUCUUAGUACAAAUGCUUUACUAUCUAUCCCAGUAAAGUUUGAUUACCAAAAGAAUUCUAUUUUAUUUAAUGCUACUUUUGGAACUGAAGAAUGUAAAAUUGAUACAAAGGCUGAGUUCUUUUAUUGUAAUAAUGAUAUUGAUUUUAUCAGAACUGGAAGUCAUUAGCUUUAAACAUGUGGGGCCGUUAAAACUGGAACACAUAUUUCAGGACUUACUAAUUAUGUGGCUAAUUUUUAAAUGGGUAAUUUCUAAGCUAAAGUAGUUUUCGCAGAAUAUAAUUCGCCAGAUAUUUAAAACGUAACUUACUAUACAAAAAGCUUAUGCUUUGGUAAAGUUACUAACGACAGACAACAAUUGUCAUUAGUAAAGUAGCUUAAUGAAUAAGGAUUGAUUUCUGAGCCUAAAGUUUUUAUAACUUUUUUCAAUAACUACCUAUCAUAGUUUACUAAAGAUGAUAUCAUUGGAUAAAUAAACCUUGGCUAACCAAAUCCUGAUUUCAUCAAGAAAGGUUCUAACUUUGUUAAAAUGUUUGUUAAUAACUCUGAUUAUUACUAGCUAAAUUGUAACUUUUACUCAAAUGGAGAGACAACAUUCUUUGGUUAAAAAAUAAGUGGCUAUCUAAGAUAUUACAUCGAUUUUGAUGAUCCUGAAUCUACCAUAGAUACAGAUACCUUCAAUGAAAUGCUGGACAUUUUAUAAUCAAAAAAUUAUAAAAUUACAAAGAGCAAACUCACCAUUUUCCCUCAAUACUAUUUGGAUACUAUUGAAGGUUUAGAACCUAUUAAAAUAACAAUAUUAACAGAAGACAUGAGCCCUUACAUAUUAACAAUAGACCCUUCUGUAUAUACACAAAAAAUAGCUAAAGGAGUCUAUAAAUUGUUAUUUUAACCUAGAAGUAAUAACUAAGCUUAUACUAUUGGUAAUAGAAUUUUAGCUUCUUACUACUUUGGUUAUGAUGCAAGUACUCAAAACACAUUUUUUGCAGAAAGAGUAUUAGAUAUUAACUCUAAAGUUGUAGAUUAAAAAGUUGAAAUUUUUUCUCAAAACUUUAGAAGUGAAAAGAUUUGA